UUUAAUGGACGCUGUGUUGUAGUUGACCACAGGUUGUACAGGCUGUUACAGAUACAGGGCUAUCGGUCGGUGAAGAUGUCCCAUCUGCAGCUGCUGAGGUUGUUUAUCAGUGAGAGGCUCAGUGUGGCAGCAGAGGAGAUCUUUGCUGCUGUUCACAGGACGUUAACAGAGUAUGAACAGGACAGUGAGCAGCACAGAGCUAAACACGAGGUACAUUUAAGCAAUGAAGAUGUGCAAACAGUCUUCAUCAGUGCGCACGAGCCAAAACUCUGGCCUGGGCAGAGUCCGGAGAGCUGCCAGAAUACCAGUGAGGACCAGGAGGACAGUACUGGGCUGGUCCCAGACAAUCAAGCAAUCAAGCAGGAAGAUCAAGAGCUAUGGAGCAGCCCAGGAGAACAGCAGUUGCUGGACGUGGAGAACCUUAGCUCCAGGACUGUGAUUGAAGAUGUCAAGCCUGUACAGAACACCUUCCCUGUUUACACAAAGGUCGAGGGAAAGUCUCAGUCUAGCAGAAAACACUCUACAUUUUUACCUGGUUGUUCUGUAACACUGAACAAAACAAGCCCUGAGUUUGGUUCAGACAUGCUCUCAGGCUGCAGUACCAGUGAAAUAAUCAAAGUGAGCUGCACAGAGAGAAGCAUACAGACUGAAAACUGUGAGCCUCACAGCCCCACGUCACCAAAUAACCUUAAGAAAAGAAGAGGAAAGUCCCACUGCUGUCAUGUCAGCGGUGAAGAAUUCAGCCAAAGUGCACGUCUAGAGAAACACGCUCAAGUCCAAACGGAGGAGAAGAUCUACUUCUGUGAAGUGUGUGGCAAACGGUUUAGACAUGGCAAAAGUCUGACUCCUCACAUGAAGAUUCACAAGGAGGAGAAGCCAUACUCUUGUAGGUUUUGUGGGAAACUUUUCCGCCAUGUGGGCAACUUGAAUGUACAUUUAAGAAUCCACACUGGAGAGAAACCGUUCAGCUGUCUGGUGUGUGGGAAGAAAUUCAGUCGGAAUUAUCUGAUGACAAAACACAUGGCUAUACACACCAGUUAAAUGACGCUGAACAUGAGAAGUGUAUAAAGAAGCAAUUCAGUUGGCAUGAAUUCAUGAUAUAAUGGCUUAUUCAGGUUUAUGGAGCAAGGGGAAAUAGUGAUGUAAAAGUUUAAUUAUGUAACAGUUUAAAGUGGUGAUAGCAUGUACAUUUUCAUAACUGUGUAAUAAAUGUAUUACUAUAAAC